AUGCGACUGUUGCGCCGCAUCGCGGCCACCAACGCCACUACAGUACCUCCGCUCGCCUUGUCUGUGGUUCGGACCUUGGGCAAGAGCAAGACAGACAGGAGGGGGUUCCUGAGCCUCUUCUCCAGCCCGAAUGUCUUCAAGAAUUCUGUGCUGCUGAUCAUCGCAAGGUCGGUGUACCUGCUCACCAUGUUCUCUCCAGUGCUGGCUGUGAGCAGUCUGAGCGUGAACCCAUUCCUGACAGUGGCCGCGCAGGGUGGCGCGCAGUUCGUCUCCUACUGUGUGGCGAACUUCUGCGCAUCCCGCAUCGGUCGACGAUGGUCUGGUGUAGCCGCUCCAUUACUGGCGGCAAUUGCAAGUGGAGUCAUCUUCUGUAUGCUAACUGUGGACAUCGCUGGUCCAGCCCUCGUGGCGAUGAUAAUGGUGAUGCAGUUUAGCACAACAAUCAGCUUCAGUGUUGCCAACCUGCAGAGCGUCGAGGUGCACCCCACAUGCCUGCGCCAGAUAGCGGCCUGCGUCGAAUGGGCCAUCGCCGGAGUUGCCAUGUCUGCGUUGCCCUACUUGGCCCUCAUGAAGGACAAGCGCCAACCAUUCGCCGUUCUCACUGCUCUCAACUUGGCAACAGCGCUCGCUGUCUCAUUUUUGCCAGAAUCUGCGCUUCAGCGAUUGCCAGAAACACUGCAGGAUGCAGCGCUCUUCGGCAAAGAACGCCCGUACUGGAGCUGGAAACCCAAACCACCUCCUGGAUACACAGCGGAGCAAUGUGGUUCCAGCGAACCUUCGUAA